AUGACACAGUUGAAAUGCCGUCAAAAGCAUCACUCCGUUUUCUUCCUCCGCACACAAUGGACACAUUUUCCUUCUUUCACAAUGUAUGUUUUGGGCGCCGAUGCUGAGCCAUCACAGACCUGGUUGAUCGAUUUGGCAUGGUCACACCAGAUGUUGAUUGGGAUGGCCUUCACAUGCUGCCGUCUGAGCUCGCAGAGGGUCGAUACAUAUUUGUAG